UCCGCGCUCGUGCUCAAGCUGGAGUUUUUGCGCCUCGACUUCCAAACCAAACUCUCACACUUCACUAUACUCAUUAGCCUGGCUGACUGUUGCUCUCCCACAGCCAUCGGCGAACAUUUCUGGUGACCGUUGAGCUAUAACUCUCUCGCCACACAUCUCGAACUUCCACCAAGGCUGCAGUCAAGCACCACUCAUCCUACUCGGCAUCGUGCCGAUAGAAUGGGUCGAGUCUCCUUCGCCGACGAUGUAACCGAGCGCCGCGUCGAGGAGAUUGACGACGUCGAAGAUGGCACCUAUACCGUAUACCCAUACCAGAACACACCCGAGAACCAGUCGUGGGCGGGUGCCCUGCCAUUGAAGCAGGGUCUGUACGACCCUUCCCUCGAGAAGGAUGCUUGCGGUGUUGGUUUCGCUGCCCACAUCAAGGGCAAGCCGAGCCAUAAGAUUGUCACCGAUGCACGGAGUCUCUUGUGUAACAUGACCCAUAGGGGUGCGGUCGGCUCUGAUGCACGAGAUGGCGACGGCGCUGGUGUCAUGACCUCCAUACCGCACAGAUUUUUCGUAAAGAAUUUCCAGGUUGAGCAAGGCGUCGUGUUGCCGCCACUUGGCAAGUACGCCGUGGGCAACCUCUUCUUCAAGCCGGAAGAGGAGACUCUGAAGGAUACCCUGGACCAAUUUGAAGGCCUUGCAGACGAGCUGGACUUGCGAGUGCUUGGGUGGCGAGAGGUGCCAAGAGAUAGCAGCCUUCUCGGCCCUGCGGCUAAGUCUCGAGAGCCGAUCAUUCUCCAGCCAGUCGUUGUGCUCAAGCAGGCAUACGGCGAUGGCAAAGAGCCAAGGCCCGACUUCGAAGAUAAUUACGAUGAGCAGAACUUCGAGCGCCAGUUGUACAUAUUGCGAAAGCGCGCCACCCAUGCGAUCGGUCUUCAUAACUGGUUCUACCUUUGCUCCCUGAGUAACAAGAACAUCGUUUACAAGGGCCAGCUAUCGCCAGUCCAGGUUUACGACUACUAUUUCGACCUCGUCAACGUCAAUUACGAGGCUCACUUCGCGCUGGUGCACUCUCGCUUCUCGACCAAUACCUUCCCAUCAUGGGACAGAGCACAGCCGCUGCGAUGGGCAGCACACAACGGCGAGAUCAAUACUCUGCGAGGCAACAAGAACUGGAUGCGUGCAAGAGAAGGCGUGCUCAAGUCCGAAAUCUUCGGCGACGCGCUUGAGUCACUUUAUCCCAUCAUCGAAGAUGGCGGCUCUGAUUCUGCCGCGUUCGAUAACGUGCUGGAACUGCUCACCAUCAACGGGGCGCUGUCUCUGCCUGAAGCCGUUAUGCUCAUGGUUCCGGAGGCCUGGGAGGGCAACACGCAAGUGGAUCCUGCCAAGCAAGCAUUCUACGAGUGGGCUGCUUGUAUGAUGGAGCCUUGGGAUGGUCCUGCGCUGUUCACAUUCUCCGACGGCAGGUACUGCGGUGCCAAUCUUGAUCGCAAUGGUCUACGGCCUUGCAGAUAUUAUGUUCUGGACGAUGAUCGUAUCGUUUGCGCUUCUGAGGUCGGCACGAUCAAUAUUGAUCCUACCACAGUCGUUCAGAAGGGCAGAUUGCAACCCGGCCGCAUGCUCCUGGUCGACACUGUCGCCGGCCGUAUCAUUGACGACAGCGAGCUGAAGCAGACGGUUGCGAACAGAAAAGAUUUCAGGGGCUGGCUCGAGUCGCAGUUGCUUGACAUGACCAAGAUUUACCGCAAAUUGUCGGAAAAGGGCGUGGACCUUGCACACACUCCUACUUCCUCUACUGUUCAAGAAGAUCCGAGACUGAAGGCCUACGGCUACUCUCUCGAGCAGGUCUCCCUGCUUCUUGCGCCAAUGGCUGCUGACUCGAAAGAGGCGCUGGGUUCGAUGGGUAACGAUGCACCACUUGCCUGCCUUGCCAGCCAGCCGCGCCUGCUCUAUGAGUACUUCCGUCAGUUGUUCGCUCAGGUGACAAAUCCGCCGAUUGAUCCUAUCCGAGAAGCCGUCGUCAUGUCGCUUGGGUCUUACGUGGGUCCGCAAGGUAACCUGCUCGAGAUGAAUAAGGAGCAGUGUCACCGGCUAUACCUCCCUUCACCCAUGCUGUCUGUCGAAGAGUUCAAUGCGCUGAUGCACAUCACGGAUCUGCACCCUGACUGGAAGGUCGCUACCAUCGACAUCACAUUCCCGAAGUCAGAAGGCAUUCCUGGCUACAUUGAUGCGCUUGACCGGAUCUGUGAAGCCGCGACGGAGGCUAUCGAGCGCGACGACAGCAUCCUUGUUCUCUCAGACCGCAAGAUGUCCGCUGACAGAAUUGCUGUGUCAACAUUACUUGCGACGGGUAUGAUACAUCACCAUCUGGUUCGGAAUCGAUGGCGUGCGAAGGCGGCGCUUGUCGUCGAGACUGCCGAAGCUCGCGAGGUACACCAUAUGUGUGUUCUAGUCGGGUACGGCGCUGAUGCAAUCUGCCCGUAUCUGGCGAUGGAGUGCAUUCUGAAGCUGAACCGCGAAGGCUUGAUCCGGAAGAAGCUCAGCACGGACGAACUGAUCGGUAACUACAAGCAUUCGUGCGAUGGAGGGAUCUUGAAGGUCAUGAGCAAGAUGGGUAUCUCCACCCUUCAAUCGUACAAGGGCGCUCAGAUCUUCGAGGCGCUCGGUGUAGAUGACAGCGUCGUUGAUCGCUGCUUCACGGGCACGGCUACACGCAUUAGAGGUAUGACGUUUGACCUCAUCGCACAAGAUGCGUUCGCGCUUCACGAGAAAGGCUUCCCCAGUCGUCAUAUCCAGGAGAUUCCAGGCCUUCCGGAGACCGGCGAGUACCAUUGGCGCGAUGGCGGAGAAGCACAUGUCAACGAUCCUGUGUCCAUAGCGAAUAUUCAGGAUGCUGUCCGUACAAAGAACGACAAGUCGUACGAGGCCUACUCCAAGUCGGAGUACGAGCAGAUCAAGAACUGCACGUUACGCGGCCUGCUGGACUUUGACUUCGACACCUGCAAUCCGAUCCCGAUUGAGCAGGUUGAGCCUUGGACCGACAUAGUUCGCAGGUUCGUUACCGGUGCCAUGUCGUACGGCUCGAUCUCCAUGGAGUCUCACUCCACGCUUGCUGUUGCAAUGAACAGAUUAGGCGGCAAGUCGAACACUGGAGAAGGCGGUGAGGAUCCAGAGCGAAGCUUGCCCAUGGAGAACGGCGACACUAUGCGCUCGGCCAUCAAGCAGAUCGCUUCAGGUCGUUUUGGCGUCACGUCCAACUACCUUGCAGAUUCCGAUGAGCUUCAGAUCAAGAUGGCUCAAGGUGCUAAGCCUGGAGAAGGUGGUGAGCUCCCAGGCCAUAAGGUGUCGGAGCCCAUUGCGCGGACUAGACACUCCACACCUGGUGUCGGUCUUAUUUCGCCCCCACCACACCACGACAUUUACUCCAUCGAGGACUUGAAGCAACUCAUUUACGACCUCAAGUGCUCUAACCCACGGGCCCGCAUUUCCGUGAAGCUAGUAUCCGAGACUGGUGUCGGUAUCGUUGCGUCCGGUGUCGCUAAAGCAAAAGCAGAUCACAUCCUCAUCUCCGGUCACGACGGCGGUACAGGUGCUUCGCGAUGGACGGGCAUCAAGUACGCUGGUCUGCCGUGGGAGCUUGGCUUAGCAGAGACACAUCAAACUCUUGUGCUAAACGAUCUCCGUGGUCGUGUCGUGGUGCAGACUGACGGUCAGCUGCGAACGGGUCGCGAUGUUGCCAUCGGCUGCUUGCUCGGCGCAGAAGAAUUUGGGUUUGCUACCACGCCUCUGAUUGCCAUGGGUUGCAUUAUGAUGCGCAAAUGCCAUCUAAACACUUGCCCUGUUGGCAUCGCCACCCAAGAUCCGGAGCUCCGAAAGAAGUUCAAGGGGACACCGGAGCAUGUCAUCAACUUCUUCUAUUAUAUAGCGAACGAGCUACGUGCGAUCAUGUCGAAGCUUGGCUUCCGCACGGUCAACGAGAUGGUUGGCCAUACCGAGGUGUUGAAGGUCCGGGAAGAUCUCCGCAGUGCGAAGACGGAGAACAUCGACCUCUCGCUGAUCCUUACGCCGGCGCAUACGCUCCGCUCGGGUGUCGCUACGUACAACGUCCGCAAGCAGGAUCACAGGCUGCACGUCCGACUUGACAACAAGCUGAUCGCAGAGUCCGAGGUCGCGCUGGAGAAGGGGCUUCCUUGCCGUAUUGAAUGCGACAUCGUCAACACUGACCGCGCACUCGGUGCGACGCUGUCAUACCAGAUCAGCAAGCGCUACGGCGAGAAAGGCCUGCCUCAGGACACCAUCCACGCAUAUAUAAGAGGCUCAGCUGGUCAGUCGUUCGGUGCUAUGCUUGCGCCCGGCGUCACGCUUGAGCUGGAGGGCGAUGCGAAUGACUACGUCGGAAAGAUGCUGUCAGGUGGUCGCCUGAUUAUCUACCCGCCACGAUCUGCGGUGUACAAAGCGGAGGAGAAUAUUAUUAUCGGCAAUGUCUGCUUGUACGGUGCAACAAGCGGCACAUGCUUCUUCCGCGGUGUAGCUGCAGAGCGUUUCGCCGUCCGCAACUCUGGCGCAACUGCCGUUGUCGAAGGCGUUGGUGACCAUGGCUGCGAGUACAUGACCGGUGGUCGCGUGGUGAUCCUUGGCAGCACUGGCCGCAACUUCGCUGCUGGUAUGUCGGGCGGUAUCGCUUAUGUUCUCGACAUCCAUCAAGACUUCGAGAGCAAGGUCAACCAGGAGAUGGUUGAGCUGUCAGGCCUGGAAGAUCCACAAGAAAUAGCCUACGUCCGCGGCCUGGUUGAGGAUCACCAUCACUACACCGGGUCUGAGCUUGCCGCACGGGUGCUGCUGGACUUCCAAAGAGCACUUGCACGCUUCGUAAAGGUGCUGCCUACGGACUACAAGAGAGUCAUGAUGGAGCAGGCCGCUAAAGAAGCAGAAGCGAAGAAGAACCAGUACCCGCUGCCAAUCUUACCUGGCAACGCUGUACGCGAGCUGCACCAAGAGUCAAGGAACAAACAAGCGAAUGAAGAGGCCAAGGAGGCGAAGAAGAACGAGCUAAUGGAUAUUGAAGAAAGCGUCCAGGAUGGUCAAGCCGAGAAGAAGCGAUCCCAGCUUGUUCUCGACAAGACGAAAGGCUUCAUGAAGUACCAGCGUCGCGCAGAGAAGUACCGCAGCGCAAAGACACGGACGCGAGAUUGGCAGGAGCUGUCUACCCGGCUCAAUGAAGACGAACUCAAGUACCAGACCGCUCGAUGCAUGGAUUGUGGUGUGCCCUUCUGCCAGUCGGACACUGGCUGCCCGAUCAGCAACAUCAUCCCGAAAUGGAAUGAAUUGGUGUUCCAAAAUCAAUGGCAGGAUGCGCUCAACCGGCUGCUGAUGACUAACAACUUCCCAGAGUUUACCGGCCGCGUCUGCCCAGCUCCUUGCGAAGGUGCUUGCGUGCUUGGCAUCAAUGAGGAUCCGGUUGGCAUCAAGUCCAUUGAGUGCGCGAUCAUCGACCGUGGCUUUGAGAUGGGCUGGAUGGUGCCGAGUCCACCUUCAUGGCGCAGUGGCAAGAAGGUUGCCGUUAUCGGCUCGGGCCCUGCUGGUCUUGCUUGCGCCGAUCAGCUCAACCGCGUUGGCCACGAGGUUACAGUCUAUGAGCGCUCUGACCGUAUCGGUGGUCUGCUUAUGUACGGCAUCCCGAACAUGAAGCUGGACAAGAACGUCGUACAGCGGCGUGUCAACUUUAUGGCAGACGAGGGUGUCAAGUUCCAACCUGGCACCUUUGUGGGCGAGGGCGAGACUACUCUUGAGUCGCUCCGGGAAGCCCAUGACGCCGUCGUCAUUGCCACGGGCGCCACAGUAGCUCGUGACCUACCUAUCCCGAACCGCAACUUGGCUGGCGUUCACUUCGCGAUGGAGUUCUUGCAUAAGAAUACCAAAUCCCUGCUGGACUCCCAGCUCGAGGACGGUUCCUACAUCUCUGCGAAAGACAAGCACGUUGUGGUCAUCGGUGGCGGUGAUACUGGUAACGACUGCAUUGGUACGUCUGUCCGACACGGCGCCAAGUCAGUCAUCAACUUUGAGUUGCUGCCGCAGCCGCCGCCAGAACGUGCGCGCGACAACCCGUGGCCGCAGUGGCCGCGCAUCUACCGUGUCGACUAUGGUCAUACGGAGGUCAAGACGCACAUGGGCCGUGACCCGCGUGAGUACUGCGUUAUGUCCACCGAUUUCGUCGAUGACGGCGAAGGCAAUGUGAAGGGUAUUAAUACCAUUCGCGUCGAGUGGACUAAAUCUGCAACUGGUGGCUGGGAUAUGAAGAAGCUGGAGGGCACCGAAGAGUUCUUCCCGGCCGACCUUGUCCUGCUCUCCAUGGGAUUCUUGGGACCGGAGGACAAGGUCAUGGGUGGACAGAUCGAGAAGGAUGCCCGCAAGAACAUCAAGACCCCACCGGGCAAGUACAACACCAACGUUGACGGCGUCUUCGCUGCUGGUGACUGCCGCCGCGGACAGUCGCUCAUCGUGUGGGGCAUUAACGAGGGCCGCAUGGCUGCCCGCGAUGUCGAUUCCUACCUCACUGGCAUGGGGACAGUUCUGCCGGUUACUGGUGGCAUUGUCAAACGUCCUCCCUACGAGCUCUUGAACAAGGCCAACGGUGCGCCGGCCGAGCUUAUCACUGCUGCAGCCUAAAGCGGACUGCAGC